AUGUCUCAAUAUGAAGACCAGAACAAUAUGAUCACUAUUCCCAACUGGGGAGUUAUAAUCCAUGUUGACAACCACAUCCUUGUCAUGAACCAGAAUCAUUUUUGUGAAGUACAAAACCUAGAUUCAAUAUCUUCGUCAGAAUCAAAAGCAGCUCUUACUUCACAGUUAGAAACAGAAUCACUUAACCUCAGAACCACUCUCUAUGUCCAAUAUAUCUUGCAAUUUGGCCAGUGCUUGUGCUGCAGUCAUGCACUGUGGACGGCUCUUUUGAGGCUGUGUGACUGGUUUUUUCACUGUAGAAUUCUAUGGUGUGAUCCUUUCAUGCGUUUAGGGCAAGGUGUUGCAGGGAUCGGUUUCGAUGUUGUCUUGGUAGUGGGCGACAGGUCUUGUGUCCCUCUAUCAGUUGGCAUUGAUCCUCCUCUUUUCUUCUGA